AAGUUUGUGUACGGCCAAGUAUGUUGAUUUCAAUGAUGAAUUUGGUAUAUUUGUUUGUUUUGAUAAGUGCUGUGAUGUGUGCAUCGAACUCGGCGAAUGAAGAGCUGGGAAAUGCGAUUCGAAUAUGUCGUCAACAAUUCCCGAAAGAGGCAACUCGAAAUGUGUCACACACCGAUUUUAUUAAAUUAUCCAAAAAUGAUAAAUGCUAUUUGCACUGCAUUCUGACAGAACAAAAACUGAUUGUGAAUGAUGCUUUGAAUGCCGAUUCAUUGCAAUAUGCGACGAAUGACGAUGUGACGACCAAAAUAAAAACGCAAUGUGGCGCGAUACGAGACAGUGAUCGAUGUGAACUUGCGGCCAAAGUGCAAAAAUGUAUUGAAGAUGUUUCCAAAACGACACCGAUUGAAUAAAAAUACACCUUUGAUCUUGGUCAUUUUUCAACAUUUUCGACUCUUAGUCAAUCUAUUUAUGUACAUUUCAAAUUUAUUAGUAAAUAAAAGAUCCACCGAACUGGUUUAA